AUGGUGAGGCGAAUAGGCUGGGGGGGGAGCAGGGGGCGGCUGGGGCGGUGGGGAGACCCGGGGCCUGGAUCAGUGCCCCUCCUCCCCAUGUCGCUGCCUCCUCUUCCUCCUCCUCCGGGUCGGGGGCCUGGGGGCGGGAGGGUCUCCAUCUUCUCUCUGUCCCCAGUCCCUCACAUGAGAAGCAGCCGGUCCUCAGUUCCUGCUGCAGCCCCGGGACCUUCCUGCUCAGUGGUUCAGGGUCCUGGGGCUUCUCAGCCUCGCCGCAGUGCCUUCCCCACCCCAGCAGCCCCUCCCAAGCAGGCGAGCUCCACCACAACACCCAUCUCUGCUCCCCGCUGCUGGGGUUCCCACUCCACCCCAUCCCUGGCCUCGGUGACUCCCCUUCCCUCACGCCGAUGCCCCCAGGACCCUCCUGGGCUGCGGAUAGGCCCUCUGAUCCCUGAACAGGAUUAUGAGCGGCUGGAGGACUGUGACCCUGAGGGGUCCCAAGACUCCCCCCUCCACGGGGAGGAUCAGCAGCCCCUGCUGCAUGUACCCGAAGGGCUCCGAGGCUCCUGGCACCACAUCCAGAACCUGGACAGCUUCUUCACCAAGAUCUACAGCUACCACCAGAGGAACGGCUUCACCUGCAUCCUCCUGGAGGACCUCUUCCAGCUGGGACAAUUUGUUUUCAUUGUCACCUUCACGACCUUCCUCCUGCGCUGCGUGGAUUACAACGUCCUCUUUGCCAACCAACUGAAUAACCGCACGAGUCCCGGGCUGCUCCGCAACAAGGUGACCUUGUCAGAUGCCAUCCUGUCCUCCGGCCAGUGUGCCCAGCGGAUCCAUUCCAGCCCCCUGCUGGUCUUUCUUCUCAUCCUGGCUGCUGCCUUCUGGCUGUUCCAGCUGCUUCGAUCAGUCUGCAACCUCUUCAGCUUCUGGGACAUCCAGGUGUUUUACAAGGAGGCCCUGCACAUCCCCCCGGAGGAGCUCAGCGCGGUGCCCUGGGCGGAGGUGCAGUCCCGGCUCCUGGCGCUGCAGAGGAGCGGGGGGCUGUGCGUGCAGCCGCGGCCGCUGACCGAGCUCGACGUGCACCACCGCAUCCUGCGCUACACCAACUACCAGGUGGCGCUGGCCAACAAGGGCCUGCUGCCCGCCCGCUGCGCGCUGCCCUGGGGCGGCGGCGCGGGCUUCCUCAGCCGCGGGCUGGCGCUCAACGUGGACCUGCUCCUCUUCCGCGGCCCCUUCUCGCUCUUCCGCGGCGGCUGGGAGCUGCCCGACGCCUACAAGCGCAGCGACCAGCGGGGCGCCCUGGCGGCGCGCUGGCGGCGCGCGGUGCUGCUGCUGGCCGCCGUGAACCUGGCGCUCAGCCCGCUGGUGCUGGCCUGGCAGGUGCUGCACGCCUUCUACAGCCACGCCGAGCUGCUGCGGCGCGAGCCGGGCGCGCUGGGGACGCGCCGCUGGUCCCGCCUGGCCCGCCUGCAGCUGCGCCACUUCAACGAGCUGCCGCACGAGCUGCGCGCGCGCCUGGCCCGCGCCUACCGGCCCGCGGCCGCCUUCCUGCGCGCCGCCGCGCCCCCCGCGCCGCUGCUGGCGCUGCUGGCCCGCCAGGCGGUCUUCUUCGCCGGCGCGCUGCUGGCCGCGCUGCUGGUGCUCACCGUCUACGACGAGGACGUGCUGGCCGUGGAGCACGUGCUCACCGCCAUGACCGCGCUCGGGGUCACGGCCACCGUGGCCAGGUCCUUCCUGCCCGACGAGCGGUGCCAGGGCCGGUCCCCCCAGCUGCUGCUGCAGGCGGCCUUGGCCCACAUGCACUACCUGCCCGAGGAGCCGGGCCCCGCCGGCAAGGCCAGCGCGUACCGGCAGAUGGCGCGGCUGCUGCAGUACCGAGCGGUCUCCCUCCUCGAGGAGCUGCUGUCCCCUCUGCUCACCCCACUGUUCCUGCUCUUCUGGUUUCGCCCCCGCGCCCUGGAGAUCAUUGACUUUUUCCAUCACUUUACUGUGGACGUGGCAGGGGUGGGGGACAUCUGUUCCUUUGCCCUCAUGGACGUGAAGCGCCACGGCCACCCUCAGUGGCUCUCAGCGGGACAGACAGAGGCCUCGCUGUCUCAGCGCGCGGAGGACGGAAAGACCGAGCUCUCCUUGAUGAGGUUUUCCCUGGUGCAUCCUCAAUGGCGCCCCCCAGGGCACAGCUCCAAGUUCCUGGGGCACCUGAGAGGCCGGGUUCAGCAAGACGCUGCGGCUUGGGGUGCCACUUCAGUUCGCAGCCCCCCGACCCCUGGGGUGCUCAGUGACUCCUCCUCUCCUCUGCCUGAGACCUUUCUGGCCAACCUCUUGGUGCACCCCCUCCUGCCCCAGAGGGACCUGAGCCCCACCGGCCCCUGCCCAGCUGCGGCCACAGCUAGCCUCCUGGCCUCCAUCUCCCGAAUUGCCCAGGACCCAAGCUGCGUGUCCCCAGGAGGCAGUGGGGGGCAGAAGCUGGCCCAGCUCCCAGAGCUGACUUCUGCUGAGAUGAGUCUCCACGCCAUAUACCUGCACCAGCUCCAUCAGCAGCAGCAGCAGGGAGCAUGGGGUGAGGCUUCCGCCACCUCCCUGUCCCGGCGCUGGUCCAGCCCCUCACAGACACUGUCGCCUGAUGAGGAGAAGCCAUCCUGGUCCAGUGAUGGCUCCAGUCCUGUCUCUAGCCCCAGACAGCAGUGGAGAGCCCAGCGGGACCAGACUUUGUUCCCUGGAGGGUUUCAGGAAACCACAGAUGCCCAGAAGGAGCCUGGCCAGGCCCCUAGCACUGACUGAGUGGCCUUCUGGGGUCUCUCCAGCUUCUCCAGCACCGGGAGAUGUGACAAGGUGGAGUGGAAGAACACGCCGAGCCCUCUUUAGAGAUCCCCCAGGGACCCUGGUCCCCUGUAUACCUAGUUGGGCAGGAGUUGGGGGUCAGUGACAAACUCGCCCCAGAGCGCAGAGAAAGGGGAGAGGAGGAGAUGCCAAAGGCAUCUGGAAACAACUUUUACACGUGAUCCACACACAAGGCCUAAGGGAACCCCGGCCCAACGAGCUGUCCAGACUGGAUCCUGAGGCCAAGCUAAUGUCCGCAAACAAUGAGGAAUGGGACCUGAGUGGGUUCUUGAGGCCUUCAAGUUCCCAGGGGACUUGCGGAGGGUAACUGGUGGGGACUGGUGAGUGCAAACCUCCAGCGAGGGCUGUUUUUCGGAGUUGGGCAUUGGUCUGAUAUCUUACGAGGGCUGGGUUCCUCAUCCUGUCUGAACCCGGCAGCAGAGGUUGCCUGGUUGCCUGGCCGCGCUGCACAGCCUGGGACCUUGGUGUCUGGCCUCCCCGCUCCUGCUUCUCAAUUACGAGCAGGAGGGCACCACCUGGUGCCUGUCAUUGGCCAGAAACCUCAUUUGUGAAAUCAGAGUCAGCCUGCAGCGGGGCCUCCCUGCCAAAGAACUCCACCCUCACUCCACACCAGCAAGAAGAGGAAGCUGUCGUUCUGUCAUUUUAAUCUACCCGGCUGGGCUAGGUAUCUUCAUAGCGCUAAGAAUAUCUGCUCCAGUCUCUUAUCUUCAAUAAUAAAUAUUUGA